GGGCUAGCCACUAGUGCAGCCGGUCACUCACUCCCUGCAAUUCCCGCUGGAUAUAUAAUCGGCCUCCUCAAGCCCUCUCUCUCUCUCGGUCCCUCCCUUCCUUUCCCUGAUUUCAGUUUCCCAAUUGAGAGAGAAAAAGUGAGGUUUUUGCUUUAUCCAGCUCGCUGUUUCGAGAUCCCUACAACAAAUUGUUGAAAGCUCAAACAGAUCACAAAAUAUUGCACUCCAUUUGGUCCAAACAAGAGUCUCCUUGAUCAGUGACACUAUUUGUACAAGGAAUCAGAUUUAAUUUUCUCCUUGGCUGGUGAAGCGGGAGUUGUGAUUCUAUUGUGUGGAAAUUUGUAUUUAUAGACUCUUUUGAAGAUUUCCUUCUUUCUUAUUCUUUUUUGCAUGGGUUUAAGUUUUUGUAGAUAUUAAGGGGAUUGAGCAUAUUUAUUGUUGAAAAUACUGGUCAGGCCUGGCUCUGGAGAGCUACUUAGACUCUGGCCACCAGGGGGCGGUGCCUACCAUGGCACCUUCUCGUGUGGCUGGAGGUUUAGCCCAAUCUUCCUCGAGUUCAGGAAUUUUCUUCCAAGGGGAUGGGCAGUCCCAGGCUGUAGUUAACUCACAUUUGACCUCAUCGUUUGGUAACUCAUCCAAUUCAAUUCCUGGAACUGGGCGACCCAAUUUGGGUCCGGUUUCUGGGGACAUGAAUAAUGCGGUUUUGAACAGCGUGGCAAACUCUGGACCAAGUGUCGGGGCAAGUUCUUUGGUGACAGAUGCAAAUUCAGCAUUUUCAGGAGGUCCCCAUUUGCAGAGAAGUGCUAGCAUCAAUACAGAGUCAUAUAUGCGCUUGCCAGCGUCUCCUAUGUCUUUUUCAUCCAAUAAUAUAAGCAUUUCAGGCUCGUCAGUUGUUGAUGGGUCCUCUGUAGUGCAGCAGGGCAAUCAUCAAGACCCAAGCUCACAGCAAGUCCAGCAGAAUCAUCAGCAGCAACAGGGGGCAUCGAGUGCGACCUCUCUGCCUUCUUCACAAGCUGCACAAGCUUCACUUCCCAUGGCGCUGCGGGCUCCUGGUGCCUUCCUACAGGAUCCUAAUAAUCUAUCCCAAGUGCAAAAGAAGCCGAGAUUGGAUAUCAAACAGGAAGAUAUUCUGCAGCAGCAAGUUUUCCAACAAUUGCUUCAGAGACAGGACUCCAUGCAGUUGCAGGGCCGAAGUCCACAUUUACAAAACUUGCUUCAUCAGCAGAGACUGAGGCAACAGCAGCAACUUUUCCAAUCUAUGCCACCUUUGCAGAGAGCCCACUUGCAGCAGCAGCAGCAGAUGCAGUUGAGGCAGCAAAUGCAACAACAGACCAUGCAGCCUGUAUCUGCCAUGAAGCGUCCUUAUGACGGAGGUAUAUGUGCACGUCGGUUGAUGCAAUAUCUAUAUCAUCAACGGCAACGGCCAGCUGAGAAUUCUAUUGCCUAUUGGAGGAAAUUUGUGGCAGAGUAUUAUUCGCCUCGCGCAAAGAAAAGAUGGUGCUUGUCAUUAUACGAUAAUGUUGGGCAUCAUGCACUUGGUGUUUUCCCUCAAGCAGCUAUGGAGGCAUGGCAGUGUGAUAUGUGUGGUUCUAAGUCUGGAAGAGGAUUUGAGGCCACUUUCGAAGUACUUCCUAGACUAGAUGAAAUCAAAUUUGGCAGCGGUGUCAUUGAUGAGCUUUUGUUUUUGGACUUGCCACGUGAAUUUAGAUUUCCUUCUGGAAUAAUGAUGCUAGAGUAUGGAAAAGCAGUUCAAGAGAGUGUAUAUGAGCAACUUCGUGUUGUUCGUGAGGGUCAGCUUCGUAUCAUAUUCACCCAUGACUUGAAGAUUUUGUCUUGGGAAUUUUGUGCUCGGCGACAUGAAGAACUUCUCCCACGAAGGGUGGUUGCACCACAGGUAAGUCAGUUGGUUCUGGUUGCUCAGAAAUGCCAGAGCACAAUUGCUGAAAGUGUAUCUGAUGGGGUUUCUCAGCAGGACUUGCAAACAAACAGCAAUAUGGUCCUUACUGCUGGGCGACAGCUUGCGAAGGCUUUGGACUUGCAGUCUGUAAAUGAUUUGGGUUUUUCCAAAAGAUAUGUCAGGUGUUUACAGAUCUCUGAGGUUGUCAACAGCAUGAAGGAUCUGAUUGAUUUCUGCCGGGAGCAAAAAGUUGGGCCGAUAGAGGGCUUGAAAAAUUAUCCUCGUCACAACAGUGUAACCAAAAUCCAGAUGCAAAAGAUGCAGGAAAUGGAGCAGCUAGUGAAUGUUCAGGGCCUGCCAACUGACAGGAACACCCUUAAUAAGCUGAUGGCAUUACAUCCUGGCAUAAACAAUCAUGUGAGCAACAAUAAUCACGUUGUUAGUCGAGGAGCUUUAAGUGGUUCAGCACAGGCUGCUUUGGCACUGACUAACUACCAGAAUCUACUCAUGAGGCAAAACUCUAUUAAUUCGAAUUCUAACUCACUUCAACAAGAGUCUACAUCAUCUUUCAACAGUUCUCAUCAAAGCCCAUCAUCAAACUUCCAAGGAACUGCUGCUUUUGUACCAGGAUCCAUGCAAAGCUUACCUGCAAGUGGCUUUUCAAGUUCACAAAUACCUCCCCAACAGCCACAGCUGCGAACAUUAAGCACUAAUGGCUUACUCCAACAAAACCAUCCAGCGCCCUCUCAAGGCAACCAGGCCAUGCAACAGCAGAUGAUCCAGCAACUGCUGCAGGAGAUGUCUAAUAAUAGUGGGGGAGGAGUUCAACAACAUCCUUUUGCUGGACAGAAUAUGAAUGGGAGUAUGGCAAGUAAUGGAUUGGGUUUCGUAAGCAACUCUUCUGCAGCACCUCCUGCUGCUGCCACUGUGUCAGGAAGUGUUGCUGGACCAGCACCAAGUAGGAGCAACAGUUUUAAAGCUGCUUCGAACAGUGAUUCUUCUGCAGCUGGUGGCAAUAGUGGUUUUAAACAGAAAGUGCCAGAAUUGCCUCAGAAUCUCCAUUUGCAGGAUGACAUUGUUCCUGAUAUUGCCCAUGAGUUCACUGAUAAUGGCUUUUUUAAUGGUGACCUUGAUGAUAACAUUGGUUAUGGUUGGAAGGCAUGACUAACAUGGUAUGGCCCAGUCAUUUGCUGUCAUUGAGCAAAUGUUGGCCCGAUAUAUUUGUACAGAAUAUUAAAUAGCUGCUUUGCCCCACCUCGCCUUGCUCUUCUAAUUAUCGAAUUUGUUGGGACAUCAGGGACUUGUAUUUCUAUAGUUAAUUAGCUUCUCUCUGUUUUUGUUUUCUUUUUUCCUUUUCUCUUCUUUUGAGGGCUUUCUUUCAAGUGUAAUCUAUUGGACUAAAACUGGAACAGCGAAUAUGAUAUUUUAAUGAGUUCUGCAAUAUGGGAUUUUAUAA